AUGUUACAUGCUGGAAGAGUUGCGGUCGAUGCCACCCAAGAGUCUGGGGUAAAAGUAUGUAGUUUAUUUGUCUUCCGAGGACAUGCGCUUUCGGCUGUCUGGGGUUUCACCUCUCCAGUUCUGGCGAUGGUUUCCAGGUCCUUGAAGAACUUGUGUCCUACCCAUCUGCCAAGUGCCAAGACUCCUUCUUGCCCUCCUGAGGUUGUUCGAAGGUCGUUCAUCAUGUCGCCCUAUACAACACAUUGUACUACCAAAAGCUCCAGGUAUGACAUAACCCUCUCCUGGGUUUGCACCUUCUUCGGAUAG